AUGACACUUGACUUUCAUAAAGAUGUGUACCUUUCUUGUUCUAAUAAGAAUGAUUGCCUCGUAGUGAUGGCAAAGGGACUGGGCUUGCAUCAUGUCAUUCUUGCAUUCCUCAAGUUAUACUCGGACAGUGACCAUUUGGUACUCUACCUCGACCCCAUCAACGAGUCGUUGCAGGAAGCCUACGUAUACUACACAGAACAACUCCUAUCCUUUGGCAUCAAGUAUGCCAACCUACCUACGAUGAUCAAUCAAGAGCAAUCAGGUUCCUCAAAGUCAAACAUGUACAAGAAGGGUGGCUGUUACUUUGCUCAAGCAUCAAUCUUUGCACUUGACUUCUUGACAAAGAGGAUGCCCUCUCACUUGAUCUCGGGCAUCAUUGUAAACAACGCACAUCGAAUCACUGACCUGUCGACAGAGACACUUCUCAUUCGUCUCUAUCGCCAAUCAAACAAGACUGGCUUUGUCAAGGCAUUCUCUACUGAUCCUGCCGCUUUGACACAGGAGAUUGGUCGAGUGCAGCGUGUUAUGAAGUACCUUGGAGUCAAUCACCUGGACCUGUGGCCCUGCUUCCAAGCCAAGAUCCAGGCCACACUCGACAAGACCCAACUUGAUCUCCUCGAGCUACACACACCAAUGACCGAGUCGAUGGUCAACAUUGAGAAGUCCCUGCUCGAAACGAUUCAGCAGGCCAUGGUGCAGUUGCAGAAGCAGAACAAGAACUGGGACAAGUCCGGGGCACCAGCAGUGAACGUCGACGAUGGUCUCUUUAGUAGCUUUGACUCAAUGGUCCAGAACCAACUCAAACCGAUAUGGGGCGACAUCAACAAACGAUCCAAGCAUCUGAUAUCGAAUAUCAAGGAGCUACGUAUGCUCUCCAACAACUGCAACAGCCACGACUGCGUCACCUUUCUCAAACAGCUAGAGAUGAUUGCCAACAGAGACAUGGAAAUUGGUGAGAGCUGGAUACACAGUCCUCAGGCAACAACACUGUUCCGCUAUGCCCGUGAGCGAGUCUACAGGCAGCGUGUCCUGAAGCUCAAGAAGAGUCACAAGAAGCUAAAGACAGACAAGUCAAAGCAAGCCACAUCACCAUCAUCAAAGGACCAGGCCUACACAAUGCCACCACUGAUAUUUGAACGUGAGUUUGUGUUGGAGGACAAUCCAAAGUGGAACCUGCUCGUUGAGAUCUUUGAUGAGAUCAAUGAGCAAUGCAUAGAAUCCGAUGUGCAGGAGACUGUCCUUGUGUUUGUCAAGAACGAGACUACAUGCCACCUGCUGCAAGAGUACCUCACGCUUGGUGGACGUCAGAUGUUGCAGAGAAAGUACGAUCGAUGGUAUCCACCUUCAGAGCCACAAUCCAGUUCAAAUCACUACACCUUCCGCACCAAACCAAACUAUCCAUCAUCGUCAACGUCAUCAUCGUCACAAUCACAAAGCAACAAGGGAUACAGUUACAGUUCAAGAAAGAAGCUACAGUCCACGAGGAAGCAGAAGAUAUCAGAGACAAACUACAGAAAGAAGAUGGACAAGGGCACCAACAGUAGCAGUCUAUUCUCAAUGGGCGUAUCGGUUGUCAACAGCAACAUCAAGGCAACAGAUCAAACGACAACAACGACAACAACAACACAAUCACUCAGCGCCAUUGAACAGGAUGCCUAUGUACAAGCAGUUGGCGACUUUGAAAUUGGUCAACUGGCAGAGUAUUAUGGUAUACUGCCACCUCCCUACAUUGUCAUCCAUCCAAUCACCAACUCAUUGUCCAUCCUCGAGGAGAAACAACCACGAUUCAUCGUUGUCUACGACAUGGACAUGUCCAUCAUCCGACAGAUUGAGGUGUACAAUGCCGAGAGCCCCAACACCAUUCUUCGCACCUACUGUAUGAUCUACAAGGAUUCGAUGGAGGAGCGCAAGUACGUCUCCAUUCUCAACCGCGAGCAAGAAUCAUUCGAAAAGUUGAUAUACGAGAAGAGCAAGCUGGUGUUGAACGUCUCUGAGAACGUCGAUGACCAAACGGUCAAUGAGCUCAUGGUAAAUGACACAACCGAUGAGCAGCUCUGGGGUAACAGCAGGGCAGGUGGACGGAGAUCACUGGUUCCGACCACCAAGCAAAAGGUGAUCGUUGACUCACACGAGUUCAAGAGCUCUCUUCCAGUGGCACUCCAAGGAGCAGGCUUUGAGAUCGUACCAAAGUCACUAGAGUCUGGCGACUAUGUCAUCACACCUUCGAUUGCCAUCGAGAGAAAGUCCAUUCCAGAUCUGGUUGGAUCGUUCCAGUCGGGUAGACUCUAUGCCCAGAUCGAAGCCAUGUCCAGACUGUACCGCAAUCCAGUGCUACUGAUCGAGUACGACAACAACCAACCGUUCACAUCACUGAUGACCCCAGAGGAACCGCACCUUCCAUACAUAUCGCAGUACUCACUGUCAAGCAAGUUGGUGCAACUGGCCAGAGCGUUCCCACGUCUGCGGAUUCUCUGGUCGCGCUCAGCAUACUCGACGGUGGGCAUCUACAAACGACUUAAGAAGGGCAACGUUGAACCUGAUCCAGAUGCCAUCAAGGAGGUACCUGAGGAGAAUGAUGCCUCCAAUGGUGGCGGCGGAGGCGGAACCAACUAUCAUUAUGGACCACAGGAUGUACUUCGAAAGCUACCAGGUAUCACUGAGCUGAAUAUCAAACGGGUGAUGGAUGGCGUGCGAGACCUUCACCAGCUGGCUCAACAAUCGUUAGAAGAACUCUGUAACCUGUUGGGAUCAAGCGAGUGUGGGAGACAGCUCUUCGAUUUCUUCAACCAUGUCCAUGGCUCAUCUUCAACCAGGAACAAUGGCACCACC